CAUGGCGGAGCUGCUGCAGACUGAGAAGACGUAUGUCAGAGAUCUCCAGGAGUGUUUAGAGACCUACCUGUGGGAGAUGACCAGUGGUGUGGAGGAGAUUCCUCCAGGCAUCGCCAACAAGGAGAACAUCGCUUUUGGCAACAUGCAGGAGAUCUACGAUUUCCACAACAAUAUUUUCCUGAAGGAGCUGGUGAACUACGAGCAGCUUCCAGAAGACGUGGGUCACUGCUUCGUCACCUGGGCUGACAAGUUCCAUAUUUAUGUGGACUACUGCAAGAACAAACCAGAUUCCAGUCAGCUCAUUCUGGAGCACGGCGGCACCUUCUUUGACGACAUCCAGCAGAGACGGGGGCUGGCCAACUCCAUCAACUCCUACCUCAUUAAACCAGUCCAGAGGAUUACAAAGUACCAGCUGCUGCUGAAGGAGCUGCUCUCUUGCUGUGAGGAGGGUAAAGGAGAGAUUAAAGAUGGUUUGGAGGUGAUGCUCAGCGUUCCCAAGAGAGCAAAUGAUGCCAUGCAUCUGGCCAUGCUAGAGGGCUUCGAGGAGAACCUGGAGGUGCAGGGUGAGCUGAUCCUGCAGGACAGUUUCCAGGUUUGGGACCCCCGGUCGCUGAUCCGAAAGGGGCGAGACCGACACCUCUUCCUGUUUGAGUUCUCGCUGGUCUUCAGUAAGGAGUUCAAAGACUCCACUGGAAGAACCAAGUACCAGUACAAGAACAAACUACUGACAUCCGAGUUGGGGGUGACCGAGCACAUUGAGGGUGACCCGUGUAAAUUUGCUCUGUGGUCAGGGAGAACCCCUUCCUCUGAUAAUAAAACUGUGCUAAAAGUCUCCAGUAUGGAGGCCAAACAGGAAUGGAUUAAGAACAUCAGAGAGGUGAUCCAGGAGAGGAUGACUCACCUGAAGGGGGCGCUCAAGGAGCCUGUCCAUCUGCCUAAAACCGCAGCACUUACCAAACCCAAGAACCACACAAAGAGGGAGGGAGGUGAAGACGGAGACAGUCAGGGAGAUGGCAGCAGCCAGCCAGAUACCAUCUCCAUCGCAUCCAGGACGUCCCAAAACACUGUAGACAGCGACAAGCUCUCCGGUGGAUGUGAGCUGACGGUUGUCCUCCAGGACUUCACGGCAGGAUGCAGCACAGAAAUGUCCGUCAGCACAGGUCAAACAGUGGAGCUGCUGGAGCGGCCCAGCGAGCGGCCCGGCUGGUGUCUGGUCCGGACCACCGACCGCAGUCCACCACAGGAAGGGCUGGUACCGAGCUCGGCCCUCUGCGUGUCGCACUCCCGCUCCAGCGUGGAGAUGGACUGCUUCUUCAGCUCAGGGAAAGAGAACUACCACGUCAGCAGCUCUGACGGGAAGACGGAGUCGGUGGCGAACCUGCAGCCCCAGCCGUCGCUGAGCUCCCUCCAGUCCAGCUCUCCUGGACCCAAACGUUCUGGAAACACUCUGAGGAAAUGGUUGACGAGCCCGGUCCGGCGCCUCAGCCACGGGAGCUCAGUCAAGAAACUCCCCAACAACAAACAGAAGAAGACAGGGCCAGGAUCGGGAAGAGAGGACGGCAGGAAGGGUAACGAGCUGGGUCAACCUGACCAGGAUGAGGUUAUCGACGAGAGAGUCCUCAGCAAGGAUGGAAACCCACUUUCAAAGACGUCUGCCGGGAUGCAGAGCGGAGGGGAGGAGGAGCAGGAGGAUGAAGUCCACCCUCCUCUCCCUCCCCCCAUGGAGAUCAUCAAGGAUCCCUCAGUUCAGGAUGACAAGUCUUCAUCCUUGCUAACUUCUCUGCAGUCCUCCUCUGAAGGGCCCAGCGCUGCAGAGCUGGUUAGCGCCAUAGAGAAACUGGUUAAAACCAAGAUGACUGUGGAACCAGGAGCAUAUCCGGGCUUCUCCUCUCUGUCUCCACCAGAACAAAGCACUCCGGUCCAGCCGAGGAACCCUGAACUGGAGCAGAGAGCCAAAGCUAUGAGAGGACGAAUGUUUGUUCUGAACGAGCUGAUUCAGACGGAGAAGGACUAUGUCAAAGACCUGGGCAUCGUGGUGGAGGGCUUCAUGAAGCGCAUCGAGGAGAAAGGCAUCCCUGAUGACAUGAAAGGAAAGGACAAAAUCGUGUUUGGGAACAUCCAUCAGAUCUACGACUGGCACAGAGACUUCUUCGUAGGCGAGCUGGAAAAAUGUCUGGACGACCACGAACUCCUUCCUGAGCUCUUCAUCAAACACGAGAGAAGACUGCACAUGUACGUGGUUUAUUGUCAGAAUAAACCCAAGUCGGAGUACAUCGUAGCAGAAUAUGACACGUACUUUGACGGAAUCCAGCAGGACAUUCAGUCCAGACUGAGCAUCAGCGACUUCCUCAUCAAACCCAUCCAGAGAAUCACCAAAUACCAGCUUCUGCUGAAGGACUUCCUGAAGUUCAGCACAAAGGCAGGAAUGGACUGUGAACAAAUCGAGAAAGCUGUAGAUCUGAUGUCCCAGGUCCCCAAGCUGUGUAACGACAUGAUGAAUCUGGGCCGUCUCCAGGGAUACGAGGGUAAGCUGACCAGUCAGGGCAAGCUCCUGCAGCAGGAAACCUUCUUCGUGACGGAGCAGGACGCCGGGGUCCUGUCGCGCUCCAAAGAGCGGAGGGUCUUCCUCUUUGAGCAGAUCGUCAUCUUCAGCGAGCUGCUCAGGAAAGGCUCGUCCACACCUGGCUACCAGUUCAAGAAGAGCAUCAAGCUGUCGUACUUGGGUCUGGAGGAGAGCAGUGACAACGACCCCUGUAAGUUCGUCUUGUCGUGUCGUGGUUCAUCGGAGAGAUUCACGCUUCAGGCCGCCAAUGUGGAAAUCAAGCAGGUCUGGGUCCGACACGUCCAGGAGGUCCUGGAUGCUCAGAGCAACUUCCUGUCUGCUCUGCAGUCUCCCAUCGAGUACCAGAAGGAGAAGAGCAGCGGAGGCAGCAGCUCCUCCCUGACCAGGAACCGCUCGUCGUCGGGGAACCGUCCCGGCUUCUCUCACAGUCGACCGUCGUCAGCCAUCGGCGCCGGAGACAAGGACAUGGAGAGGGGCAGGAGCCAGUUGAAAGUGUCUACCUCCAACGGCGGCUCACCUUUUUUCGAGUCCAGGGACGGGGACGGCGGCUGUAACGGCGUCUCCUCCACCGUGCGCGUGACUCAGGACUACUCGGCGCUCAAAGAGAACGAGAUCUGCGUCAGCCAGGGAGAGAUCGUGCAGAUCCUGGCCACCAAUCAGCAGAACAUGUACCUUGUUUACCGGCCGGCCGACAGCCAGUCCCCCCCCGCCGAGGGCUGGGUGCCGGGGCACGUCUUAGGCCCGUGCACAAAGUCCAUAAAAGACUCUUCCUCGACCUCCUCCUUCCCAACAGCGGUGGCGGACAGCAUUAACAUCAAGAAGUCUAUGUCGUGGAACACGCUGCGUGCCAGGAAGCGCGCUGAAGCCCGGGACGUGUCCUCGCUGGGGGUCAGAGGUCAGGAGAACGGCCUUUUCCGUAAGCCCAAAGACACCACUGCUGCCCCUCCCCCACUUGCUUCGCCCGUCCCCGGGUCAAAGGCCAAAGAGCUUCAGACUUCAGACGAGUCGGACUGUGACGACCUCGACCCAAAGACGGGUAUGGAGCUUCUCAACCCAAACUUCAUCCAGCAAGUGGCCCCGGAGUUCCUGGUCCCGCUGUCGGACGUGGCGUGUGCGUUCGGGGAGACUGUGGUCCUCUGCUGUAAAGUGUGCGGACGACCCAAACCCUCCAUCACCCUCAAGGGUCCCGACCAGAUCCCGGUGACCAGCAACAGCCGCUUCACCAUUGACAUCAGGGAUACCGGUGACAUCUUGCUGAAGAUCUGUAACCUGAUGCCUCAGGAUACAGGCAUCUACACCUGUGUUGCCGUGAACGACCACGGCUCCGCCUCCUCCUCGGCCUCCAUUAAAGUUCAAGGUAUCCCAGCAGCCCCGGGGAGGCCUGUAGCUCAGGAGGCGAGCGGCACAGCCGUGAUGGUGCACUGGCCUCCUCCAGCUUCAGCCGCUCACUGUGCCGUCAGCAGCUACACCCUGGAGUACCGGCAGGAAGACUCGUUCCUGUGGCAGCAGGCGCUCAGCAGCAGGGAGGAGUGUGUUCAGAUCGAUGCUCUGAUACCCGGAGGUCACUAUCAGUUCAGGGUCCGGGCCUCCAACCGCUGGGGAGUCGGCCCCCCAUCCGAACCCUCCAAUAUGGUCACUCUGGCCAGCUGCAACUCCGGUCAUGAUGGGACGGGGAUCCGGUGGAGGGAGAACUUUGAGUCGGCCUUCUCUGAGACUUGUGAGAUCGGAAGGGGACGGUUUUCAGUGGUGCGGAAAUGUCUCAACAAGUCCACAAAGAAAGAGGUGGCGGUGAAGUUUGUGAGUAAGAAGAUGCAGAAGAAGGAGCAGGUGGCUCACGAGGCCGACAUCCUCAACCAUGUGCAGAAUCACCAGUUGGUGGCGCUCCUGGACACGUACGAGUCUCCCACAUCUCUGAUGCUCAUCCUGGAGCUAUUGGAGGACGGACGUUUACUCGACUACCUGGUUGCCCACGAUGAGCUGAUGGAGGAGAAGGUGGCGUUCUUUAUCAGAGAAACUCUGGAGGCGCUGCAGCACCUUCACACGUGCAGGGUGGCCCACCUGGACCUCAAGCCUGAGAACAUCAUGGUGGACCUCCACGCUCCUACCCCAUCGGUUAAGCUCAUCGACCUCGGCGAUGCCGUCCAGCUGUCCGCCCACCGUCGAUACGUCCACCUCUUGCUGGGAAACCCGGAGUUUGCCGCCCCGGAGCUCGUCCGCGGGACGCCGGUCUCUGUGGCGACGGAUCUGUGGAGCGUGGGUGUGUUGUCCUACGUGAUGCUGAGCGGCGUUUCCCCGUUUCUGGACGAGUCGCCGGAGGAAACGUGCGUCAACAUCUGCCGCCUGGACUUCUGCUUCCCGGAUGAAUACUUCUGCGACGUGAGCCAGGCGGCCCGGGACUUCGUGUCGUCGCUGCUGCAGCAGGACCCCAGGAAGAGGCCCGGUUCCACCUGCUGUCUCCAGCAUCCGUGGGUGGGCCGCGGGGGGGCGCGCGGGGGGGAAUACUCCAAGACGCCGCUGGACACCUCGCGGUUGGUCACGUUCAUCGAGCGCAGAAAACAGCUGCACGAUGUUCGGCCCAUCACCAACAUCAAAGGGCUGGUGAGCAGCAGUACGGACAACACACUGUGAUGGGGACAGAGGAGAGACUAGAGACUCGGUCCGUCUGUGUUACUUUAAAAUGUCUUUGCUAUUUAUUAAUGUAUGAAUGACAAACGUAGAUAUAUGAUGCCUGUAGCCUGUCUGUGGUGCAGCAUUUCAUCCUCUCGGUUCUGUAGAACCGACGGGCCUCUCAAACUCAAAGAAAACGGGAUUAUUAUAACUGGAUACAUUUUAUUUAUUGUAGAGUUUAGUUUUUUCUUUGCCUGGUGUCAAAGAUAACACUCCGUACAAAGAAACACAACGAACCAGUUCUGUUUUGGACAAAAAUAAAUAAACCAACCACCUUGGCAUGGUUGGGGAGUUGUAUCACAGUGAUCAGUGGGGAUCCAGGUGAUUUAACUCAUAAGCCAAUAAACCACUGGUUCACAUGGAUUUGAUUCAUGUUCACUAGAGGAUGCUGGGAUCAGUGGCACACGGGGAGUCCUGCAGCCUGCAGAACAAAGCAGUGCUGGCUGAGGGUUUGUGCUGAAUGCUGGUAGAGGCUGGAGUGCUCGCUCGUGAAGGGAAAAAUUAGAAAAUUGAUCAAAUGUCCAUGCUGUUAAUGAAAUGUCAGGGAGAAGCUCCUUUAUUUGGCUCUUCAUACCAACCCAGAAAACGGCUUUGCAGUUAAGGCUGAAUUAUGCUUCUGCGUCAAACCAACACAGAGCACACGCCGCAGACGUGACGCCGUGCGGAACCCUUCGGACUUCUCCGUCUCUCCAUUUGGUCGCGGUGCAGUACCCCCCGCGACCGCUAGUUAGCGAUCUUUUUCUGAAUGGUUUAUUCGACUUUUUCCGGUCACAGUAAAUCAAAGAAAUAAUGACAACUAUUGUGCAAAAAACCAAAACAAAAAAAAUCACAUAUAAACGAAGAAAAGAGCCCUGGAAGUUCACUACUGAUUCAAACCGGAAACCGGAAAUGCUUCGCUUUCAAGCGAACCAAUCACAGCCCUCUCGGUCUGCGUGUGGUCUGCGUCUCCUCGACGCGUAGUUACAAUUUUCAGGAGGUGCACGUCAGUGACGGCGCAGGUGACGGCGUGUGGUCUGCGUCGAUCCAAACCACACGCCGUAGGCACGGCGCCAUUUUGACGCAGAAGCAUAAUUCAGCCUUUAGACGUAAACAUAAACUUGGACACACUGUAAAGACAUCAGUAAAGCUUGAUGCAGGUUAUGACUACACGGGAGAGCAUACAGCACCCUAACUUUGGGCUAAAACUAAAGUUUUAUUCUGAUAGCCUUCCAUUUUUAAGUCUAUAGUUCAACCACAGACGACCAAUUCAUUGUCUCAGUCAGUCCAGGUAGUUAAAACACUGCAGUUGGGAAUGCUGAAGCAAUACAACAUCCAGCCAGCAGGUAAUACACCCAUUAGAAUCGCAAAAUAAUUCCUCCUUCACAAAUCAGCUCAAUAAACUCUGGGAUUCCCAGCUACUCCAUUCCUGUGUUAUGCGUUUAGAGGCUGAUGUUAUAAAUUAUUCUGUGAGAUGUCAGUGAGUAAACGCAUUAGUCAACCUAUAUUUAACCCAACCCCCAUUUAGGACGAGUUGAAUGAGAGUAGGUGGGCCAGUGCGUGCUGCCUCGUUCUGCAGGCUACAGCCACAUGUUCAUGUAAAACUGGUCUCAGAAAUACUUUAAAACCAUGCUAACCCGAGGUGCAUUCACCGUUGUAGUUUGGGAGUUUGGUUCUGGACCAAAGCAGAAAGUGUUGCACUUAGUUUAGUUCACUGGUAGGAAGCCUUAAUCUAUUUGGCAUUCACAUUGUGUUUUCAGCAUCAAACAGGCAAAAAGACAACAGUGGAAAUUUGAAAAAGGUCGUAGUUUGAUCUUUUUGGAACCGAGACCCAUUUUUCUAAGGUACCUCGGUUUGCUUUUUUGGUGGCCGCGGUUCACGGUGUUGGAAUGUAUUCAGGUGAACUUCACCAACAGUGCAGUUGCACCAGUUUGUUUUAACUGAACCAAGGCAUGUACGUGUGAAUGCACUCUAAGAAGAAAAUAAGUUUGGACUGCUAGAGAGAGGCUUUGGAAGAUGUUUUCAAGGAUUAAAGCUACGCUAUGUAGUAAUACAACUUCUGACCUCCUGCCGACAUAUACCACUGGCAAUACUGGUGGGGAAGGUCUGAUGCAUCUUGUAACACCACGCUGUCCGAUUAAGCCUGAUUUAUGUUUCUGUGUAGCAGCUACGUACGUGUGCUACACCAUCGCUGGCGUUUAGACUUUACUGUGUUGUAAUUACAACACCAACCACUAGGCGGCAAUGUUUUCUUUUUCUGAAGCACGACCUCGCGGUGCUUUUUCCUUUGGGGUACUUCCUGUACGUAGCUCAGACAUAGCAACAGAGCAAAUAAAGUAUACGUUACCUGGAUUGCAGCUGAUGGAUGUUUAGCAUCAGUCCUUUUUACAGACAUUGCAGGAAACUAUAAUUCCAAGUCCGACUUGAAAACGAUGAAGAAGAAAUAGCAGUGGGGAAUUUGAAAACAAAGAACCUAUCUAUCGAUCACGUUUCUUGCGGUCCGCUUCGACACUACACGUGGUUGCUAGGGGUGGGUAUUGGGAAGGACCUCAUGAUACGAUACGCAUCACGAUACUUGAGCCACGAUACGAUACACAUUGCGAUAUCCCGAUUAUGCGAUAUCCCGAUUAUUAUAUUCUACAUAGUUCACCGAAAAAUUUAAAAAUGCAUUACACAUCUUAAAAUCCAAGUUGUAUAUAUGUACAUCAGAUGAUAGUGAUGGAUCUUAAAAUCCGAGUUGCACGUUCAUCAGAUUAUAGUGACAAUUCAUGGGACAAACUGAGUCAAAACAAUGUUUUAUUAUAACUAUACAAGCUAAAGUUACAACUUAUUUGUAUAUGUUUUUCAUAUUAUUUACAUCAUAUGAAAUUAACAUUAAAUUUAGUAUGAGGUUGCUUUAAUUAUGUGGCAAAUGAUAAUAAACACAAGAAAGAUGGGUACUAAAACCAAGGACAGGCACAGUGAUCAGUCAGUAUAGAUAUAAAUCCAUAAAUAAAUAAACCUCUGUCCAUUAUUUUUCAUAUUUCAAGGACAGGCAAUUGUGUUAUAUAAAAAAUAAAUUAUAAAAUGAAAUAAAACGUGAAAUAAAACCUGAGCUCAGUGCAGGGCCCUCCCAGGGUUGGUAGAGAGUGGCAAUGCCCAGGACUGUCACUUAGGUAGGAGCACUGGGUGAUAUAAUGGGAAAAAAAAUCGGGGAUAAAAAAUAUAUUAAAAAAAAUAAAUAAAAAAAAAAAAAAAAAAAAAAAAAAACAAUAUUCAAAUUUUGAAUAUCGAUAUUGAAUCGGCUGGAAAAGUAUCGCGAUAUAUUGCCAUAUCGAUAUUUUUGCCCACCCCUAGUGGUUGCAUUUGGAGAGAGGUUCACAUCAGGUUGCGGCGUAGAUAUGCUGUCGUGCCGUAAAUAUAGCCUAGUUUUGAUGUAGAAGUAUAAAUCAGGCUUAAGAGAUGCAGGGCUGAAACAUGAACUUCCUUGGAAUAUGCUGCCCCCCAUAUGCCCUUAAGUUGUGUUGCUACGUAGAGUGGCUUUAAAAAAGUUAAAAUCUGUUUUGGUAAUGAUUACUUUGCCAAUAAAAGGUGAAAUGAAUUAAAGAAAAUAAUAAGCAGGUGGUAAGGUUUAAGCAAUAUGCUUAAUAGUCAAAAACGAAUUACUGAAUCCGGUUUUUGAUCCAUUUUCAAGUCGAGCACCAUUCUGGCUUUUGUUGUGCUUAUGUACUAGCGGGACUGGUCUGUUCAGCACAGCGUGGGUUUUGAUCCGUGUAGCAGCAUGUACUAAAUGAAAGUAUGCUGGACUGAACGAUCACAAAACUGCAUUAAACCUGUAAAACAAGAGAUCCAUGGAAGGAUGCUCCCCUGCAGGAAACGCAGAAGACUUGACUGAAGACGGGAGAGACGCCACCGAUUCUUGGUUUGUUCAUAUCUCUGUUUACAAAAACUGUGUUAAAAGUGGGUAUGUAGUUUACAGAACUGUAGAAUAAUCAGGGAACACCUGCAUGUAAAAACCACCAAGGACGGUUUGAAAUCAGGUUAGAAAUGUGUCUGUUUCUGGAAGAAAAAAAAAGUGAUGUUGUGAUAUAAAGAUGGAAAACAAAGUCCACUCCAA